CGAGGGUUGAAUCAUCAUUUUCGUCUCGUCGUUGGAACGUUACGGAUCUCCUGUACAAUGGCACGUACCAAGCAAACCGCCCGCAAGUCGACCGGAGGAAAGGCUCCUCGCAAACAGCUAGCCACCAAGGCCGCUCGUAAGAGCGCUCCUGCCACCGGAGGAGUGAAGAAGCCCCAUCGCUACAGGCCCGGAACCGUCGCUCUUCGUGAGAUCCGUCGCUACCAAAAGAGCACGGAGCUCCUGAUCCGCAAGCUGCCCUUCCAGCGCCUUGUGCGUGAGAUCGCCCAGGACUUCAAGACCGACCUGCGCUUCCAGAGCUCGGCUGUCAUGGCCCUGCAGGAGGCUAGCGAGGCCUACCUCGUCGGUCUUUUCGAGGACACCAACCUUUGCGCCAUCCACGCCAAGCGCGUCACCAUCAUGCCCAAGGACAUCCAGUUGGCGAGACGUAUCCGUGGAGAGCGUGCCUAAUUACUUUAAUUACCUCUGACUCUUUCAAACAAUCGGCCCUUUUCAGGGCCACAAAUAUAUUCAACAAGGAAUAUUUUA